UGGCCGCGGGCUCAAAUCGCCAAGCUAAGGUACGGAGCGUGGAUCUUCAGCCUCGUGGAUUAUUUCUCGCUGAGGACUUUUGCUGUCUUUUCUUCACCCAUUUUUACUGAAGGAAUUCUUUUACUUCUCGAAGUUCUUGGACAGUUCCGGCUCCGUGGGAAGGUUUUGGGCUCUCUGGCUCCGGUUUUGCAAUUUCUCCUUGGGAUUUGUCGUGGGGUUGCGUCCACUGUGGAUUAUAACUGCAACAUGACGCUGGAAGAGCUCGUGGCGUGUGACAACGCAGCUCAGAAGAUGCAGACGGUGACCGCCGCGGUGGAGGAGCUGUUGGUGGCCGCGCAGCGCCAGGACCGCCUGACGGUGGGGGUGUACGAGUCAGCCAAGCUGAUGAAUGUGGACCCUGACAGCGUGGUCCUGUGUCUCUUGGCUAUUGAUGAGGAGGAAGAGGAUGACAUCGCCCUGCAAAUUCACUUCACCCUCAUCCAGUCCUUUUGCUGUGACAACGACAUUGACAUUAUGAGGGUGUCCGGCAUGCAGCGGCUAGCACAGCUUCUGGGAGAGCCCACUGAGGUGCAGGGCACCACUGAAGCCCGGGACCUGCACUGCCUCCUGGUCACGAACCCUCACUCAGAUGCCUGGAAGAGCCACGGUUUGGUGGAGGUAGCCAGUUACUGCGAAGAGAGCCGGGGCAAUAACCAGUGGGUCCCCUAUAUCUCUCUCCAGGAGCGCUGAGGCCCUUCCCAGCAUCAGGACCUGUUGAGUUGCUGCCAAAAAAAUAAAACACAUUUGACCCUCCCCCCCAGAACAAAUCCCCCAGAACAACCCAACCCAUGAGACCAUCGGGGGCAGAGUCACUGAGACUGAGGACCAGAAGGGGGAGUGUGCGGCCACCCCGGCGGCUAUCCAGGAACAGCGCCAGAGGCGGCCUCGAGAGAGGAGAAGAGGGGACCCAGGCGAGCAGGAGAGGGGACCCUGGACCAGGUCUCCUGAGCAGAAGCUGGACGGGGAGCUGCUGCCUCCCCCAUCGUGGAGGACCUGGACUCUACACUGCAGGGUUGGGUGAGACUUAUUGUCCCCCACCCUCCUUGAGACUGUGGCUGACAUCUGCAGAACGUGGCUUGCAGGACUGAGGGCCCACACCCUCGCGGGAGCUAGGGCUGAUGCCGCGCUGUGCCCUUGAGCUCCCAGGUUGCGAGCGACAGAGACCAUGUGUUACGUGCACUCGUUACUCAACCACUGAGAGACUGAUGCUCAGACAGAUUUUUACUUCUUUGAUGGCCUUGUAAUAAAUUUCUCAAGCCUC